AUGCGUACUCAUCCAGAGUGGCAGAAGGCCCAGCGAGGCGAUCUCUAUCAUGCUUUUGUUCCCGAGCUCAUCGCAGCUCGAGACCGGUGCAAGCAAGCUUGUGACAAGUUAAAUUCCUCCCAAUCGACCACGCGACGCAGAGUAAUCGAACUAUGGAGAGAUCGCCCCCUUCCACCUUUGCAGCCGUCUUUGGAAGAAGAGGACAAGCUCUUCGAAAAGGAGCCCUGGAUUUGCGGCCCAAUCCACGCCGAUUACGGCUUCAACAUUUUUCUGGGUGAAGGGACACAGCUGAAUUUCAACUCUACAUUCAUCGACACCUGCCCGAUCCGCAUUGGAGCGCGUACCCUGGUCGGGCCGAACUGCAGCUUCUAUUCUGGAACGCACCCGCUUGAUCCGGCACUCAGGAAUGGAACCAAUGGUCCCGAGCUUGGGAAAGAGAUAAACAUUGGUGAAGACUGCUGGCUGGGGGGGAAUGUCAUUAUCUUGCCUGGAGUGACCAUUGGGCGAGGGAGCACUAUUGGAGCCGGCAGUGUGGUGACAAAGGACGUCCCUGCUUUCCAUGUAGCGGCCGGCAACCCUGCCAGGAUUUUGAGAAAGAUUCAAACUUCGAUGGACCCGACUCAAGAGAUCCCGGCGACGGCAAAGACAGACAGGGAGCAAGGCGCGGAAGAUGUGAUGUCUGCAUGA